AACAUUCAAAUAUAGCCCUCUUGUAGUUAGCCCAAAAAACAAAGUCAGAUCCAGGAAGCUUCUGGGCUCCGUCUAAUUGUGUAGCGGCGCCCCAUUGACAUAAUCCAAUGCGUAAGCCCACAAUCUACCAUUUCCUAUAAAUUCAACAAUUUCUCAUCCUAAACCCUAAUUUUCUCAUUCUUCAUAGACGGAUCAACCACAUACAACUCACCAUGGGAAGAAGGCCUGCAAGGUGUUACCGUCAAAUUAAGAACAAUCCGUAUCCAAAAUCACGGUUCUGCCAUGGUGUUCCUGAUCCCAAGAUCAGAAUCUAUGAUGUGGGUAUGAAAAGGAAUGGUGUGGAUGAAUUCCCAUUCUGCGUCCACUUGGUCAGUUGGGAGAAGGAAAAUGUGUCGAGUGAGGCACUUGAAGCUGCGCGUAUUGCGUGUAACAAGUACAUGACCAAGUUUGCUGGAAAUGAUGCUUUCCACUUGAGGGUCAGGGUGCAUCCCUUCCAUGUUUUGCGUAUUAACAAGAUGUUGUCGUGUGCUGGAGCUGAUAGGCUUCAGAUCGGUAUGAGGGGUGCUUUUGGCAAGCCUCAGGGUGUGUGCGCUCGUGUGGCCAUUGGGCAGGUUCUUCUCUCUGUCCGCUGCAAAGACAACAACAGCCAGCACGCACAAGAGGCGCUGCAUCGUGCCAAGUUCAAGUUCCCUGGUCGUCAGAAGAUCAUUGUCAGCAGGAAGUGGGGCUUCACUAAAUUCAACCGUAGUGAUUACGUGAGGUGGAAAUCAGAGAACAGAAUCCAACCUGAUGGUGUCAAUGCCAAGGUAUGUUUCUUGAAAUUGCAACUGUUCUUUUAUUCCAAGAUGUUCAUGAUAUUUUCUUUAGGAUGCUUGUUUGUUGAUCAUGUCUUGUUCAUUUUGGGAAAUUUUUGCAGCUUUUGGGUUGUCAUGGGCGAUUGGCGAACUGUCAACCAGGAAGCGCGUUUUUAACAACUGUUUAAGCUUUCUGAAGAUAGUAUCGAAAUAUUAUUGUAUCGAGCAUGAGAUCUAGACUUUAUGCAGACUUUGUUGUGUCUGGUUUGACCCAAGGCUUCAUUGAUGGCCGAAUAUGUUUUAUAUAUUAUAUUGCAAGUUAUUUUUCAUGUUUCUUAUUUAAUGACUCAUUUUGGAACUAUUAUCAAAGCAAGAUUUUGCCGUUA